AUGCCGUUUACUACUCCAUCCUACAUCCACAAAUUGCCAUUUGCCCCCCCGGACUCAGUACCUAUCCAUGAAUUCCUCUUUACCGAUGGAGACAAGUACGGCCGGUAUCCGAUUGCAGAUUCUCGCCCGCCAUUUACCUGUGGCAUUACUGGGAAGUCGUAUUCCGUCGCCGAGGCGAAGAAUCGAAUAGAAUGGCUUUCAGCUGCACUAUCAUCAGAGUUGGGAUUUGAGGUCAACGGUGGGAGCGAAUUUGAUAAGGUCAUAGGGCUGUUCAGCGUCAACACGAUAGACACAAUGACUGUCUCCUGGGCUGCUUAUCGCUUCUCAGGAGUGUCAUCACCUAUAAGCCCUUCAUAUUCCGCUGCUGAACUCGCAAGACAGCUCAAGGCAGUUAAAUGCAAGGCUCUAUUUACGUGUGCGACGCUUCUCCCUACCGCUCUUGAGGCGGCGUCUGCGGCGAAUCUCCCCAAGACGCACGUAUAUCUGUUGGAAAUUCCAGACAAGGCACUAAAAGGUGCCAUAAUCCCAACUGAUAUGAAGUCGGUCGACCAACUGAUUGCUGAGGGAAAGAUGCUGCCUCCAUUGCCGCAGCUGAAAUGGGAGCAGGGGCAAGGUGCCCGCCAAACUGCAUUUUUAUGCUCCUCUAGCGGAACAUCUGGAUUACCGAAAAAUGUCAUGAUCUCGCACAAGAAUGUUAUCGCGAAUGUGCUACAGAUAAGGACAUAUGAAUCCAACUACAAGAGUGGGAAGCCAGAGUCACUCCUAGCUGUGCUUCCCAUGAGUCACAGCUACUCUUUGAUCGUUACUGGACACUAUGGUGUAUAUCGAGGCUACAAUGCAGUCGUACUGCCGGGAUUUGAUCUUGUUGACGUCCUAGAGGCCGUACAGAAGCAUUCCAUAGAGACACUUUGGAUGGUACCUCCCAUGAUAGUUGCUCUGAUCAAGAACUCUGCCAUCACCGCGAGAUAUAACCUCGAACAUGUCAAGACAACUGUAGUUGGUGCCUCCAAUCUCACAAAAGAGGUACAUGAACAGUUUGCUCGCCAAUUCCCUAAAUGUCAGCUCAUUCAAGGAUAUGGACUCACCGAGACUUCUGUCGCUGUAUCUAUGCAAAACAAGGCAGACGUCAUGUUUGGCUCCUGUGGUCAUAUUUUCCCUGGCUACGAGGGCCGACUGAUUAGCCGAGAUGGCAAAGAGGUGACAGAGCUGGACACUCCUGGAGAACUUCUUUUGCGGUCGCCAUCAGUGAUGCUGGGGUAUCUCGAUAAUGAGAAAGCAACGAAAGAAACGUUUACAAGCGAUGGGUGGCUACGAACAGGCGAUCUGAUGGAGUUUCGCAAGAGUGAUGAUGGACACGAGCAUCUUUUCAUCAUCGAUCGAGUCAAGGAGAUGAUCAAGGUCAGAGGCCUGCAAAUUUCUCCGACGGAAGUUGAAGCUCUCUUGUCACGUCACCCUUGCAUUGUGGAUGUUUGUGUCGUCCCAAUUCCAGACGAUUCCGCGGGCGAACUGCCACUCGCCUUUAUCGUACGGUCACCCGCCGGUAAGGAUGAAGAUGAGCGCGUGCUUAAGCAAAAAAUCCACAACUUUGUCAAUGGCGAGUUAUCCGAGUAUAAGCGCCUGGCUGGGGGCAUCGAGUUUCUUGAAGCACUUCCUAAAUCAGCUAGUGGUAAGACGAAACGAGGUGAGAUGAAGGAGCGGGCAAAGAACUUGUUUGAGACAGGUAGGGCAAAAGCCUUGCCAAAGGUGCUACAGGUAUAUGUGUAUCAAUCUUCUGAUGACGAAGACAGCGAGGAUGAUGAAUGA